CUCAAGUUUCACCGACAUUUCUUAGAUGAUCACCCAAGUCACUACUUCCAGCGAUCGGACGAUACUAACUUUACGUUCAAUCGAGUGCUUAGAGGCUCCCCUGGAACUGCUUCGUUCCGUGUGGACUUAUGCCCGCCCGGUUUUGACCAGUUCUCUGGUUGAACGGGUUUUCCACUGUUCUGGUCGAGACCCCGAGGAAAUGCUCGUUUUCAAGAAGACUAGUGGUUCCGGCCUACUCUUUCUGGUUCGACUCUCUAACGGUUGGAGUGUCGGGGAGAUCGGGGACAAUCGUCGUUGUGACGGUCAGCUUCUACGUAUCAUAGGCGAUGUUGAUCUUGGUAGAGCCCCUUCGGCCUGCCUCGACCCUCGUGAUGAUAGUAUUAUUUCCCUAUCUCAACAAGGACGUGUAUUCAGAUGUUCACACUGGUCCACUGCGACUCCCCAAAGACCAGCGUUGUGGCAACCUAUACGUGGGGGCAGACGAAUAUCGAAUUACAUGCAUGAUAUCAUCUGUGCCCCUGAUGGGGCCCUCUGGGGCCUGUCAAAACCACACAGGUCAACUCUUCCCGGUCUCUUCGUCGUCUCAAGGACCUCCCUGGAGAACCGGUCCAGACGAGGGUCCAUCACUUCACAAGAAGAGCACCUAGUCCACUGCCUUGCGUGUGCGUACUCCACUGGAGUUGUCUUUGCAUUACGACCAGUAUUGGUUAACGGCAAGUGCAUCCAAGAGCAGCUUGUUGAAGUUAAGUCAGUUGGUGUCAACGAGAUCGAGUUCAAGCCGGUGUUCACUUUCGAGCCCCUUUGGAAUCCAUGGUUCGACGUAGGGUCCUCUCGGGCCUUCAUUACUGGUCGCUCAGAGUGUAUGAUUCCGAUACUAUUCAUUUUCGAUUUGCACGCAUGCACAAUUAUUUCCCGGUUGUCUCUUCCCACUGCUUGUACACCGAUUACGCGUAUCUACACUGCGGAUUCGGAGGCCCUUUGGGGUGUAUCCGUCCGAGCACGUGAGGUCAGAAAAAUACGCUUAUUGAGCAACUGAGCUUAUGUGUACUUUCCGUU